GGUCAGUGCUCUGUUGGUACUGAAAGCAGAUCAGAUUAAAAUCUUCCUGCUCUUUUUCUCCAGAUCACAGCCUUGGCAGCCAUGUCUCGGCCCCUCACCGACCAGGAGAAGCGUAAACAGAUCAGCAUUCGUGGCAUUGUUGGAGUGGAGAAUGUGGCCGAGCUGAAAAAGGGCUUUAACCGACAUCUACAUUUUACCCUUGUUAAGGACCGCAAUGUAGCCACCCCUCGUGACUACUACUUUGCCCUGGCCCACACUGUACGGGAUCACCUGGUGGGCAGGUGGAUCCGCACCCAGCAGUACUACUAUGAAAAGGACCCCAAGAGAAUCUACUACCUUUCCUUGGAAUUUUACAUGGGCCGGACCUUGCAAAAUACGAUGAUCAACCUAGGACUACAGAAUGCCUGUGAUGAGGCAAUUUAUCAGCCAACUGAGGUGAAUUCUUUCAGAACCGCUGUGCAGAUCUCCGAUGGUUCUGAACCUGAUGCUAUGAAAAUUGAAGAAGGAUGGCAGGUGGAAGAAGCUGAUGAUUGGCUAAGACAUGGAAACCCCUGGGAGAAGGCUCGGCCAGAGUACAUGCUUCCUAUUCAUUUUUACGGAAGAGUAGAGAAUACAGAGACUGGUGUGAGAUGGGUUGAUACUCAGGUUGUUUUGGCUUUGCCCUAUGAUACUCCUAUUCCUGGUUAUAUGAACAACACAGUUAAUACAAUGAGACUCUGGUCUGCUCGAGCGCCCAACGACUUUAAUCUCCGUGACUUUAAUGUUGGUGAUUACAUUCAAGCGGUGCUGGACAGAAACUUGGCAGAGAACAUCUCCCGCGUCCUCUAUCCAAAUGAUAAC